GACCACUUCAUGGACGACUUCUUCCAUCAGGUGGAGGAGAUCAGGAACGGCAUCUCUAAGAUAGCCCAGUACGUGGAGGAAGUAAAGAAAAACCACAGCAUCAUUCUGUCUGCGCCAAACCCCGAGGGAAAAAUAAAAGAGGAGCUUGAAGAUCUGAACAAAGAAAUCAAGAAAACGGCUAAUAAAAUCCGCGUCAAGUUAAAGUCCAUCGAGCAGAGCCUGGAGCAGGAGGGGAGCACGCCCCACACGGUGGACGCCCGGAUCCGGAGGAGCCAGCACUCCGUGCUCUCCCGCAAGUUCGUGGACGUGAUGACCGAGUUCAACGAGGCCCAGACGGCCUUUCGGGAUCGCAGCAAGGGCCGCAUCCAGCGGCAGCUGGAGAUCACUGGGAAGACGACCACAGACGAGGAGCUGGAGACGAUGCUGGAGAGCGGGAACCCCUCCAUCUUCACCUCCGACAUCAUCUCCGACUCACACGUCACGAGACAGGCCCUCAACGAGAUCGAGUCGCGGCACAAGGACAUCAUGCGGCUGGAGACCAGCAUCCGCGAGCUGCACGAGAUGUUCAUGGACAUGGCCAUGUUCGUGGAGACACAGGGUGAAAUGAUCAACAACAUCGAGAAGAACGUGAUGAACGCGGCCGACUACGUGGAACACGCCAAGGAGGAGACGAAGAAAGCCAUCAAGUACCAGAGCAAAGCGCGCAGGAAAAUGAUGUGCGUUGUUAUUUGUGUAAUUAUUUUGCUUGUGAUCCUUGGAAUUAUCCUAGCAACAACAUUGUCAUAGCAACUGUAGCCCACGAGCCCUUCGUCCCUGGAGCCAGCCCUCCCACGUCUGCAGCAAGCCAGCCUCCCACGUGGCGCACGAGCCCCGGGCGUGGCGGCCGUGGCGCCGAGCGCGCCGAAGGACACGGAGAACGCCGCCCGCAGCCCGGAUGCGAUGCGUCAGCCCCGCAUCCUCGGCUCCAUAAACAGCACGCCGCAAACCUUCAGCAAUGUGAAACAAUGGCCUUAAGAUAGGAGUGAUUGACAUUUUCAAUUUUUUAUAUUUCAGUGUUAAGACUAUUUGUAUGUCGCGUUUUGUGAGGAAUAUUUUGUUUGAAGCCACGCGAUUCCAGGUCUGAGACUUGGUGUCGUCCCCCCGUCCCCCCCUCCGUCCCCCCGGCUCACAAGCUCACAAACGCUUUUGUACCGUUUCCUUCGUGUUUACUGUUUGCAGGGAAAUCCUCGUUAUUAUCACAGAGCUGUUUUGUAAGAUAUCUAUGAUGUUAAAUGUUUAUAAAUUAACUGUUUAAUAUAUUAACCUCUUAAUUUGCCCCAUUUUUAUAUAUUAAAUGCUGCCUUUUGAAAGGAAUCGGA